UCGUGAUCGUCUGGUAUUACUAAGCUUCAUGAAUCCUAUCGGCAACCUGAGCACCCUGACAGGCCCGAUAACUCCUCAGCCUUUCGUGACCCUGAUCCCGGAAGAAAGCAUUAACGAGAAUGUCGAUGAACUAACUACCCCGACGCCUGAUGUAACAAACAUGGCGCUUCCUGAUGUUGUUGAAACUCGUACUGGAGAGACAACCACCACGUUUGCGACUAUUAUCCACCCAAUCGUCACAGAUCCACCUUUACCCAAAACUACCUCGAGCCCUGGCGUAACUUCUGGCAAACCCACUACGACGAGCACCGAAGCGACUUCAACAACUUCGAGAACGACACUGCUUACGAAGAAUAGCACCGCAAGACGUCCAACGACGAGGCCCAUUACUAGAAACGGCAGUUCGAAAAGCAGAUCGAAGGCGAAGAAUUUCACGAGGGUAUCCACCACAGCGAGACCUUCUAGAACCGCCAAUUCAGGAAACAUGACGGCUCAGAGCAUGUCGUUAACGAUGAACAGUCUGGCGGAUCUCGAUCAUCCCGAAAAUUUGAAUCUGGAACUUCAAACAGCCGAAUCAUACGGCCCGAUUACCCUGGAAUAUCUGAAUUACGCCGCAGCACUCGGCGUCUACUCCGUAAGGUAUCCCGCCGUCUUCUGGUCGUGCAACAAAGCAUUGGGUACAAUUUUCAGUCUGCAGCUGGUUGUGAAUUCAGCGCAGAGUCUUCUGGCUUACGCCGGAAUGUCCGUCCUUUAUAAGGUUCAAGUGGUAGGUGCCUUAAAGGUCCUGCCGUUUCUUCGGCAUCGCACCGUAGCGACGACGAGUACAAUUUCGACAAUAUUCGGAGACUCUUACUUUCUGCUGGACCCUCCGGUAACUCUCGUGCUCUUCGCCCUUUCGUCCUUCCUCGUGCUCUGCUCCAGCAUGGCCAUGUAUUUCUACGCCCACGGCAGGUUCACGGCGUUCCUGAACCAAGAACGCGAACGUCGUGUGAUCCUGUCGAGGGAUAACCGUGACGGCAACGGCUGGGUCUACUUGCCGCACUGCGCCGCCCUGGUCGUGUUCCUGGCGAUCGCGAUCUGCGGCGCUCCGUUACUCUACGAUUACACCGUGGUGUAUCGCGGUAGCCUGGACGGUGCCAUCCUCGCCUGCAUCAUCAGCACGAUACUCCAUCUCUUCCUCUGGCUGUUGCUCUGGAUAUUUCUCACCAUCAAGCAACGCUGGAUCUUCAAGCUGCGCGUGACCAUCGGACGCGCCACCGUGAGAUCCGCGAGGUCGGUCAAACUCGUCACCGACGUCGACCUGCUGUCUGCCAAGGACGAGGAAGAUGGCACAAGCGCACCUUUGCUCGUCGUUGGUAAUGGUAGGACUUACACGAUCGCCGACAACUCGCCGAAGAGGGCCAUCAUGAACGUCAUACAGAAAGCCGCUAUGGAGAGGAAAGCUCGAUCGCAGGGCGGAAAUGUCGAUGGAGUCGACGGCGAAUCGACGGCUGACGGUGAUGAGCAGAUCUACUGGCUUAGGCCGAAAUUACGCCCUUCGCCCGCGCAAUCUCCGAGCGACACCGGCGGUGCACCGACGUCUGACAAGGGUUGGCUGAACAAGAAACUCAAGCAUAAGGUCACCUUUAACGACCUGCCUAGUACGUCAGGCUCGCGUAAUAAGGGAAAAGCCAGACGAGGCGUCGCUGACGGCGGGCCUGACGAUGACGGAGAUUACGCCACAUUACGCGAAUUACCGUUAAUGAAUUCGAUGGACCCUGCCGAUGAUACCACCUCUGAAGAAAACAAGAUGAACGGCGGACAGACGCCGCGAUGUCUGCGCCGCGCAGAUUCGGGGAUGCCGCACGACGAACUGACACCACGCUCGGACUCGUCUAACUCGCCGCCCUUGGACGCCGUAGGUGUCGGCGGGGCCGGCUCGGUCACCGGACACAGCAACACCAGCAGCAACAGCGAGACGUCAAGCGGCGUGCAUAGUAACGCGAGCAACGCGAGCAACGUCAGCCACAGCAGCUCCCAACGCCGGGCGACCAGCGUGGACGACCUGACCGGGGAGCCACGCGAGGAACCGCGAGAGCAGUGGCGCAGUUGUUCUCUUCAGCGUGGCACUCAGCCACCCACAGCGAACACGACCUUCUCGCCACCCAACAGCCGCCCCGGCACCAGCCAGUCCUUCUCCUCGCCGCAGUACGUGAACCACGUGCCGCCGUUCAGCAACCAGGCCAGCAACGAGAUCGGCUGCCCGGCGGUCAUCCUCGAGAAUCCGAACGAGGCGACGGUCGUGAUUCGUCGCAAGCUCUCGAGAGCGAAGCUGACGGAUCCGCUGAACGCGAACGAGGAACCAUUUGGCCGGUCCACUAACAUGCGGAUGACCUCGUUCACCGAGAACAACGACAUUCGCAUUCAGGCCUCGUCCGCGACCCUGCCGCACUAUCCCACGCAGCCUAUCGUCACCUAUCCGCACUGCUCGACGAUGCCGUUGCCGCACGCGUCUCACAGCGUGGCCGCGGCGAACAUGAGCGGCGGAUCCACUGGCAGCUGCGGCUCCGUGCCGAGGCAUACUUUCGUGCCACCGCAGGUUCACACCACCAUGCCGGCGCAUACGACGCUGCCGUCGCAUCACAACGGCGUCAGGCUGCUCCAUAACGCUACCGCCAAUCCGUUCGUCAAGAGAUUCCCGCAGGUGCAGUUGCACAGCCAGUCCUGGGGCCUGCCGGGUCAUCAUACCUUCCCGCAGAUGCCACAGAGCAACAACAAGCUCACGGUCACCGCGCAGAUCCAACAGAGCGACCGGGACUCGGCCAACUUCUCCAUGGCCAGCAGCGGGGAUUCCGACACGUGUUUGCCGCAUUAAAAUGCGCGAGGACUUCCUCCCGGUGUAGGUGUUAGAGAUCCACUGAAAACUCGAAUCGCAUCUGAGUGUGUCAGGGUGAUAUUUGGUAUUUUCGUAAUGACAUUUUACUCUACUGAUAUCGUUAUCAGGAGGGGUUGUAGUUUCCAGACAUGACGUGACAUCGAUGUCACGAUGUCCUCCAAGGGCAUAUUUCAAAGAGAUGAAGGAGAAGUGAUAGAAACGUAACUGGCAGGCAAAAAGAAGUUUUUUGCGCGAACUCGAGAUGAGCUGUUGUGAAUAUUUCGCUUUGAAUCUUUAGGACUCAUGCAAAAUUGUACUAUGUACGUAUUUAAUGUGUCGCAUUAUCAGAUAUGUAUCUCAUUAGAAGAGGCUUUUUAUGUGCUUUAUAUCUCUUGCUAACAUAUGCCGAAAUUUAAAGGAAAGGGAAUCAAAUUAAGAUUGAAAUGACAUAUCACGACAUUUCUGCCGUUUGUUAGCGAAUAAACAUGGCAUUCCUCGACACGUGUUACCUCUAUUUUUUUACAAUCAGAUCUAACACGAUAAGAUCUCAUCUGAUUAUUUAUAUAUAAGUAUGUCUAUGAUAUUAAUGUAGAAUUUAUUAUGCAUAAAUCACGUGCAAACAUAAAAAUUCCAUUUAUUUGAGUAAACAAUGUGCGUGAAAGAGAUAAAGAGAAAGUAUAAAUAUCGCACAGAUAGCUUAUAUAAAUAUAAUAACUGUAAUUUAAUGGCACCAAUUUCGUUACAUACAUAUCUUAUACGUUGUGAUCUCUCUAUUUUAAUCACGGAGCAAUAAAAGAAAAUAUCUGAAGAAAGCGGGAAUAUUAAUAUAAAUAAAUAAUAAAAUAAUAGAUACUGGAUCAAAAAUUUUCAUUUUGUUUUAAUGCAAAAUACUCUUAAAGCAUGCAACAAUAAAUAAUUGUUAUGCAAAUUAUUAUGUAAUACAUCCAUAUGCAAUUUAAAGGAAAAAAUUAUAAUUAACAUGACGAAUAUAUCAGUAAUAUUAAAUCUCUACUCGAGUUUGCGCAAAUGUCUUUUGAUAAGGGUCAAAUGCAUGCUUAUAUAGUUAAAAUCUUUUCCAUUAUAUUAUCUCACGGGGCAGAAGUGUGUUCGACGUAUCGAGAAAAUCAGCGCUUUGCCGCCACUUAAUUACGAAAAUGAAACGGAAGGCGAGAGUGAGAAUAAUAAUAGUUAUCCCAUUUUAGAUAUGGAAAAAGUUAUCGUGUUGUCCUAAAUAAAAUUCGUGUAUAGAGUGAAUUAAGAAUUUAGUCGAGUAAGAGAAAAUGUGGAAACAACUCGGGUCGCUCCUUUGUAAGCAUACGCUUUUGUAUUAAUAAUUAAGAUCUUUUUUCUACUGAGAUAUUAUAAUUGUAAAUUUUGUUAAACCGUAAUUUGUACACACACACAUUGCUAAUUGUUUAUUUAUACUGUGACUUUUAAUGAGUCAGUUAUAUGCGAUAAGAUUAAAAAUAGCAUUCUCACGUUGAAUGCAUAUUCAAACUGUGCGCAAUACGUAUUUAUUUUUUGUUUGCUUUUAGUCUUUCUUGUUUCUUUUUUUUUUUUUUUUUAUAGAUUUACUGUAUUAUCAGGUUCGUCAUCGAGAUGAAUGUUUAUUUGUCGAAUUUUCUACUAAUUGUAUGUUUUAGCAUUAGAAAUUGUGCACGAGAUAGUACGUGUUAAGCGAUUUUAUAUGAGUUAUUAUAAAAUGCAGUGCAGAUUGCAAUCGUACGAUGUGCGGCCUUGAUAAGAUUUGCGGUACAUUAUACAAAUAUACCGUUAUAAUAAAUCUUAUGGCUUGAUAUAACUUUCCGCCUUCUAUAAUAAUCAUGUCGUACGAUUUGCGAUAUCGACAGUGCCAUCGAAAUUACUAAGCACACAAUUAGCAUAAAUCAGAGGAAAGGAACUAUUCUGUAUAUGUAAUAUAUAUAAGUAAAAACUGAAGAUGAUUUAUCGCGAAAAUAGUGUGCGCUAUUUAUUUAUAUGUGAGCGUUAUAAUUCUAUUUUUUGUUAGAAAAUUUGCACAAAAUGCACUCGCUUGCGAGAGAAAUUUCGUAUAUCUUAUUUUAUCUUUUUUUCUUUUGAGAUUUCUCUCUAUCUGUUGAUAUUAUUUAAGUCAAUACAACGAGUAUUUAUUUAACGCCUGCGAAAGAAUCGUUAACGCACUAUAAGAAAAGAAUGACAGGCGCAAUCUAUGGCAAAUGAAACGAUUACUGCCACUUAAUCGUAAAGAUCUACAGAUCUCCAUUAUACGUAUAUUUACUUAUUUCAUCGACUGCCAUGUUAUUUCGUCCUUUCGUGAAUAUAAGUAAUCACUCGUACUCGUUUACUUGUACCUAGCAUUUACUUGUGCGUAUGCUAUGGGUACAUGCGUAAAAGAUAAAUAAAAUUAAUAAAUAAAAUAAAGCAUAGGUUCGCUAAGUUGCGUUCUUUCGCGACUAUAUAUCACUUUAUGAGACGCGUGAUGGCAGAGACUGGUCUCGCAAAGACGCAUCAUAUCCUCGAGUCUUUCCUCGCAAUCUAAUGUAAUAAAUAUCGCUGCAUAUAUUAUGACGCAACGUUCGUUUCAUAUUCCUCCGCUUCUCGAUAAUUCUCCCGGAAAGAUUGUAUUCAAGUCAGUUUCAUACUCCAUUAAUAUACGCUAAUAUUAAAAAAAAGUAUUGCAUCUCAUGAGAAUAAUAAAGCAUCUUUGAUUUGUAAUCACUUGUGACAAUAUAAUCAAAUUCGAUUUCUCCAAAACAGAAACGAAUUCGGUUAUAUGUGAGUCAGCAAACUUUCCGUUAGAUUGCGACGAGCUUAAAAAGGAUAUAUGGAACUCUAACGUAAGUUGAAUUCAGACAAAUGGAGUUACAUUGCUUCAAUUAAAAUCGAAAUAAAUAAUCCGUGCGAUAUUU